AAGGAUGCUCGGUCUCUGGUAUUAGUGACCCAUAGACAGAGAGUGCAGCCUGGACGAAUAUUGAUAAUACAACGCUGUCUUCUGUAUGACAUAGUCUUGGACCAUAAUUACACAAUUAUUCGCCUUAUAUAAGCCUUACUUUCUUUUUAAAACAACAUUUUUACCACUCGGGAAUCGUAGGCUGUUUAUAUGGAAAUAUGAUUAGCUGUCACAGUAUAACGGACGUAAAGCUAGACAGUUUGUGGUAAAAACAAAUUUUACAUUUUAUUUUCUUCCGUUGCUGUUGGGAAUUUAGUUCAAUGCGUAUGGUGCUGAGAUAUAUCGUGCCAUUCUGAAAGUGCAGGGACGGUGGACAGACGUCACUCCGUGAUGGAUAAUGCCCAUACUAAGACGGUGGAGGAGGUUUUGGGCUUCUUCACUGUCAAUGAGUCUACAGGUCUGAGCUGUGAGCAGCUGAAGAAGAACAGGGAGAAAUGGGGAACAAAUGAAUUGCCAGCCGAAGAGGGGAAGUCACUGUGGGAGCUGGUCCUGGAACAGUUUGAGGAUCUGUUGGUUCGAAUCCUGCUGCUUGCUGCGUUCAUCUCCUUCACCCUGGCUUGGUUCGAAGAAGGGGAAGGGACGAUCACAGCCUUUGUUGAACCCUUUGUCAUCCUCCUCAUCCUCAUCGCCAAUGCUAUUGUGGGAGUGUGGCAGGAGCGUAAUGCAGAGAAUGCCAUUGAGGCUCUGAAGGAGUACGAGCCAGAGAUGGGCAAGGUGUACCGACAGGACAAGAAGAGCGUCCAGAGAAUCAGAGCCCGAGACAUCGUUCCUGGAGACAUCGUGGAAGUCGCUGUUGGGGAUAAGGUCCCGGCUGACAUCCGGCUGACCUCCAUCUGCUCCACGACUCUGAGGGUGGACCAGUCCAUCCUGACGGGGGAGUCUGUGUCUGUUCUCAAACACACAGACCCUGUCCCAGACCCCCGAGCCGUCAACCAGGACAAGAAGAACAUGCUCUUCUCUGGAACCAACAUUGCAGCGGGCCGUGCCAUUGGGGUUGCCGUGGCAACAGGGGUGCAGACAGAGAUUGGGAAAAUCCGAGAUGAGAUGGCUGCCACUGAGCCUGAGAGGACCCCCCUGCAACAGAAACUAGACCAGUUUGGAGAACAGCUGUCUAAGGUCAUCAGUGUGAUCUGUGUGGCGGUGUGGGCCAUCAAUGUGGGACACUUCAACGACCCGGUCCAUGGAGGCAGCUGGCUGAGAGGAGCUGUGUACUAUUUCAAGAUCGCUGUGGCUCUGGCUGUGGCUGCCAUACCAGAAGGCCUCCCAGCCGUCAUCACUACCUGCCUGGCUCUGGGCACCAGGAGGAUGGCCAGGAAGAACGCCAUUGUGCGCAGCCUGCCGUCAGUGGAGACGCUGGGCUGCACCUCUGUCAUCUGCUCUGACAAGACAGGAACACUGACCACCAACCAGAUGUCCGUGUGCAGGAUGUUUGUAGUAGACAGUGUGUCAGGGGAGCGCUGCAGCCUGAACGAGUUCACAGUGACUGGAUCUACUUACGCCCCUGAAGGGGAAGUGUAUAAGGAUGGCUCAGUUGUGAAGUGCAGUCAGUAUGAAGGCCUGGUGGAGCUAGCCUCCAUCUGUGCUCUGUGCAAUGACUCGUCACUGGACUUCAACGAGUCUAAGGGUGUGUUUGAGAAGGUUGGGGAGGCCACAGAGACGGCGCUCAUCUGUCUGGUGGAGAAGAUGAACGUGUUCGACACUGAGCUGAGAGGACUCUGCCCUACAGAGAGAGCUACAGCCUGCUGCUCAGUCAUAAAGCAGCUGAUGAAGAAGGAGCUGACGCUGGAGUUCUCCAGAGACAGGAAGUCCAUGUCUGUCUUCUGUUCAUCCAAUAAACACAUCAGGUCCGCCUCUGGAGCCAAGAUGUUCGUCAAGGGAGCUCCAGAGAGCGUUCUGGAGCGCUGUAACUUUAUCCGGGUCGGCGCUUCCUGUCGUGUGCCUUUGAGCGCCGCGGUCCGAGAGCAGAUCCUGUCCACUGUGCGGGAGUGGGGAGCAGGCAGAGACACGCUGCGUUGCCUCGCCAUGGCAACCAGGGACACACCCCCUGACAUCAAAGGCCUCAACGUGGAGAACUCCGCUACCUUUGCUGACUACGAGUCGGACCUGACCUUUGUGGGCUGUGUGGGCAUGUUGGACCCCCCCAGGAAAGAGGUGCUCUCUGCGGUCCGAAUGUGUCGGCAGGCUGGCAUCAGGGUCAUCAUGAUCACAGGCGACAACAAAGGCACAGCCCUGUCUAUCUGUCGGAGGGUGGGCAUCAUCACAGAACAGGAGGAGGAGCAGGAGGGCUUGGGGAUCAAUGGGGGCCUCACAGGGAGGGAGUUUGACGAGCUGCCCCCCCACCUGCAGCGCCAGGCCUGCAGGACGGUGCGCUGCUUCGCCCGGGUGGAGCCGGCACACAAGAGCCGGAUAGUGGAGUACCUCCAGAGCCUCAAUGAAAUCACUGCCAUGACAGGUGACGGUGUGAACGACGCCCCUGCUCUGAAGAAGGCGGAGAUCGGCAUCGCUAUGGGCAGCGGCACAGCGGUGGCUAAAUCCGCCUCUGAGAUGAUUCUGGCUGAUGACAACUUCUCCACCAUCGUGGCUGCAGUGGAGGAGGGCAGAGCCAUUUACAAUAACAUGAAGCAGUUCAUCAGAUACCUGAUAUCAUCCAACAUAGGAGAGGUGGUUUGUAUUUUCCUGACAGCAGCACUGGGCAUGCCUGAAGCGCUGAUCCCAGUCCAGCUGCUAUGGGUCAACCUUGUCACUGACGGUUUCCCAGCAACGGCUCUGGGCUUCAACCCUCCAGACCUGGACAUCAUGUCCCGUCCCCCCAGAACCUCCAAAGAGCCUCUGAUCUCCAGCUGGUUGUUCUGUCGCUACCUCAUCAUCGGAUGUUAUGUGGGAGCUGCUACUGUGGGGGCUGCUGCCUGGUGGUUCAUGGCAGCCCACGACGGACCAAAAGUGUCCUUCUAUCAACUGUCCCACUACCUGCAGUGCAGUGAAGGCCACGCUGAGUUUGCUGGUGUGCAGUGUUCAGUCUUUGAGUCUCCUUAUCCCAUGACGAUGGCUCUGUCUGUCCUGGUUACCAUAGAGAUGUGCAACGCCUUGAACAGUCUUUCAGAGAACCAGUCCCUGCUGAAAAUGCCUCCCUGGUCAAACCCCUGGCUGGUGGGAGCCAUCUGUCUGUCCAUGGCUCUACACUUCCUCAUUCUAUAUGUAGACCCACUGCCGAUGAUCUUCCAGAUACGCCCUCUGUCCUGGCCUCAGUGGGUGGUGGUGUUGAAGAUGUCUCUUCCUGUCAUCUUGAUGGAUGAAGCUCUAAAGCUCCUGGCCCGCAACUACAUUGAGCCAGGAAGCCAGAUGCAGACCGUGGAAGAGGAAGAGGAGCAGCGGAGGACGGGGGUGAGCCCGGGCUUGAUGGCGAGGAUGCGGCAGUCACUGAACGGCGUGUCCUGGUCGUUUGUCCUGAUCUCAGCUCCGCUACUGAUCUGGAUCUUCAGCCUGGACUCUGACAUCACCAACAUCUUCUGGGAGUGAUGGGAGGAAGAGAGGAUGGCUGGACUGUGGGGGGAAGAAGAAAGAACAUCUGAAAGACUGUUGGAAUAGCAUGCAGAAGGGCUGAGUGUGUGAGGGAUAAAGAGUAAAAUAUUUGGCCAACAGACAAUCGGAAAACAACAGGUAACGGAUAGCAUUUCUUCCUUUACCCUCAAAUGUGCUGUGUGUAGCAUUUCAAUCAUUGGCUCCAGGAAUCCUAAUGUAUGUCAAACACACCCAGAGUGAAAUAUGAUAGCUCUCAAGCUGUACACUAAUGAUAGCGUAGCAUGCUCACCUGCUAACCUGCUAACAUCUGCAUUCUAAGAAGGUUAAUGAUAAACAUUAGCAUGUUAGCAUGCUAUAAUCUGUUUCUGUGUUGUAAAGUUUGAAGACAGCCAGUGUAGAGAAUAAUGUAGAUCAUUAUGGUUCCCAGCUUAUCACAUUGAUUCUUUCCAGAGUAUUUCACUCAGGUUGCACCAGCUGGCCUAAAACCUAGUCUGUGUCACGCUCUGUGACGGCUAGCUAGCUUACAACUAGUCAUUUACCAAUGCCAAUCAAACUAAAGAAAUGUCUAAGUUAAAUAAAGUCAUGUGUAAAUCUAUUGAUAAGAACAUCUGUCCCGUCAGAUAAAGUCUACAAGAAGUUAUUAGUUAGUCGUAUUAUCGUGUUUUACAGUAGGCCAACCUUUCACCAUAUUUUUUGUGAGAUUAUUGGGAUAUAUUGUGUUUUUGUAAAAUAUAAUUUGAUGUAUUUUCAGUUACGUAGUAACUGCUUUGUUUGGUGCAACCCGAUUUAUUUAAUGAUCCACUUCUGUUAACAAGGCAAACAUCAAAGUAUGGAAGUGGUGAAAGUUAUCACUACUUCAAUUUAAAAAGGCAACGAUAGGAAAAUUAGAACAAUGUGUGCAACAGGAAUAUGUUUGUGUAUCAUUCUAACAGCUUGUUGAUGCUGUUUCGGUGGUUAAAUGCUACACAUAGCACCUUUUUGGAUACAAAUGUCUGGUUAGUGGAUCCGACAGAACACACACACACACCAGCUUUACCUCUACAUUGUACUUCACCAGUAAUAAUCUGUGGUCAGUAACAAGUAAUAAGGCCAGCUCUAUUAUCAAACUCCUCAACAACAGUCUUAAAGUAUUAUUGUUCCACCUUCCUUGUAGAUACUGUACAUUAGACUAAAACAAGCAUUUAACCUGUGAAGACAGACCUGCAUGUCAGCGCACGUCACACAUUUCUAACCACAUCAGAAGUUCAGCCUGAGUCCAGACUGUCAAUAACAGUGUGGACUAAAAGUGGACGUACAGUAUGUACAGCGGGGGGGUUCUGCAGGUGGUAAUAGCUUCCGAAUAGGUGACCACAGCAUUUCAAGGGCCAGUCCUUCAUCCUCCUUUGUCUUUUCUCUGAUUGUUACUGACCUAAGCUGAGAAAGUCUUAAAGUAACUUGACAUCCUGAGGCUUCACACGCUGAAGCCGAGCCUUCACACAUGUUGACUUUAUUAGUUAUGUUGAAACACACGCUUAAAAACUGAAACUUUGACUUUAAUUAUAUCUAUAAAAUCAACAGAUUACACAUAACUGUAUUAGGUUAGUUGAAAGCAAUAAAAUCAAGUUGAAUUAAAACAUAUUAGGUUCUACUUAAUAUUAUUGAUUUCAACUAACCUAUCCUUUUGACAGAAUACAUUUAAAUAAAGUCAACCUUUCAGUUUUCUCAGUGCAGCAGGUUGUGUACUUGCAGGUACGGUCAGCGUCAUCUGCUACGUGAAUGUAAGCUUAACGGAUGAAUACACUUAUUUUUGUUAUACACUGUCUGUGUGUAUUACUUUCACUACUGCUUGAGUUGUACCUCAGAGUGUACUGCGAAUGAUUUGAAUGCUUUAAGCACCGCUGUGAUACAUUCCUCAUGAGUCAUGGAGAGGCCUGCUUUGAGUCAGCGUUUAAUUAAAAGCUUUGUGCGAUUCAGCCAUUUCCUGCUGUGAUGCCCCCAUCUCAUUCUGUUUGCCAUUGAAGGGAUUUUUUUAUUUGUGCAACUGUUUGGAUUCAUGUAGUUCGAAAUGACUUAUUUGUCUAUGACAUCUGGCCACAAUGAGUAUAAUUACGGAAGAUACAUGUACAACUAAUAUUACAUUUUUCUGCUGACACAGACUAGAAGAGCAUUAACUUACAUAAAGUUGUGUCUAUAUUCUUGUAAUAUGUAUCAAUAUUGUUGCAUAACAUAGUAUAAUUGCACAUUUGUUCCAGUGAUGUUGUGAUUUUUUCCUGUAAAGUUGCCACUUAAUUCUUGCAAUUGAAUGUUUCAAAGUGAUUACACAUCAUAUUGCUGCUUUCUAUUAUAAAUCUUCAAAUUUCCCGUUGAUUCUUAUAUUAUAAAUUAUCACAUCAUUUCAUGACUUUCCUCCAAAAAGUGCCACUUCAUUCAAAACGGAGACUUCAUUCUCAUAGCAGCAUGAUUUUCUUUCUCACAACAUUGCGCCUUUAUGCCCAAAUGUCAGAUUUCAAACAUUGUUUUCCCUCAAAUUGGCCCAUAUAGUUAUUCAUAGGCUCUUUGACACCAUUAAUGACAAAAACAUUAAGCUGGUUCUUUAGAAUAGAAAAUCAUUUGACUGUUUGGCAGUUUGUGGCUUUUGUGUUUUAUUUUAUUUAAAUUGUUGUUUUAAUUACUACUGCCAGAUCAUUAUUUAAACAUAUAGACAUACUGUACCUUUAGCUACCCGUAGUUUUGCUUUAUUUUUUAUUGUUGCUCAAUGAAUCACACAAUAGCUUGAAAACUGCAAAACGACUGAGAGAGAUGUUUGUUGCAAUAUAUAUAUAUUUUUUUGUUUUAACAGAAGAAACACAUACCAACUUUGUUUACAGCGUUCUUUAUUGUUAUUGUUGUAGUUGUUAGCUCACACAUCUUCAGGAUGAACAUGAGUGAAAGGGUUUUUGGUUCCAGACUGUCACAUUAAAUGAAAGUUGUACCUGGCUGACUCACCUGUUUGAAUAAAGGUUGAAUUGAAGAAGUUAA